UCCUUAGUUGUGCUUGCACUCGUCCAAACACAAUCAUUCCCUUGUGCCCUCUUUGUCAACAUUUCCUCUUCUUUUAUCAAGCCACAACACCAUCAAUUGUCUUCGCACAAAACAUAAGUACUCCCAAUAUCACUAAAUAUGUCUCCUAUAAUUGUAGCAUUGCACCACAAUGACAUUCCGAGGCAAAACUCUGGCGACAUUUCUUCACCAAAAACCCUGAUGCUCACAAGCAACACCUCCAAAAUGACCACGGUCUCCUCUUCAUCCGAAAUCGACGAUACCUUCUCUCUUCCUCUCGUCGCUCGAAACUGGCGAUCGCAAGCUUCGACGCUCAAGCUCGUGUUCAAUCCGAUAUCGACCAUCGUCUCGGCUUUCCGCUCCUUCUUUCCUACCCUCCAGUCCCUACUCAUCCCUUCUUGUCACUGGACUCCCGUCACGCCAAACAAAUCAAAAUCCGUUACUACCCCUCGCGGCAGCCGCAAGAAAAGGCCGCUGACGGGCACGUUUUUCGGCCAGAAGAAGUGCAGGGUGAGCCUUGCAGUUCAAGAGACGCCGCGAUCAGAGCCAGCCCUGCUACUAGAACUGGCUACCAACACUAGCCAUUUAGUUAAGGAGAUGGCUUCAGGAACUGUGAGAAUUCUGCUGGAGUGCGAAAAGACGGGUAACGGAACCGCGAAAAGAGCUUUGUGGGAUGAGCCAGUCUGGACUAUGUACUGUAACGGGCAUAAGCUCGGGUAUGCGGUUUCAAGGGAGUGCACGGAGUCUGAUCUGCACGUGCUCAGCACGGUGCAGAGCGUGUCGGUUGGGGCCGGGGUUAUGCCACCAGCGUUAAUGUUGCCGGCCCCAAAACAGAAGCAUCGGGAUUGUGCUCAGCCCACAGCGGGUAAAGAGAUUAUGUACAUGAGAGCCAAGUUUGACAGGGUGAUUGGGGGCAAGGACUCUGAAGCUUUCUACAUGAUUAAUCCUGAUUGUAACAGUGGGGGUGCAGGUAAGUUCAAUGGUGGGGGGCCUGAGCUCAGUAUCUUUCUGCUCAGGAUUUGAACCUGUAUUUUGCGGGCCGUAGGGUAAUUAGUUGCUCCUGAUAGGAGACUGAGCACGGGCUAGUCUUGUUUUAAGUUAAUUGAUCGCAGUAUGAUGCAUAUUUUGUACAACACCUGGAAUUAGUUAUCAAUGUAUGAUAUGGAUGAAAUGAA